UACUACUCGAUUAGGAUGAUACGUAGGUUCAUCUUUCAAACGUCAAGAAAGUUGUUAGAGCUGCAUAGUGCAAGAAAAGAACAUGUUAGAAAUCUGCAUUUCAAGUUUUAUCCGAACCCAAGGUCGCUCGUAUCAGAGCGUGAGACGGAAAAAUUGAAUAUGUAUCAAGCGAUAAAUCAAGCUUUGGACAUUACGUUAAAAAAAGACGCAUCCGCAGUUAUAUUUGGUGAGGAUGUUGCAUUCGGUGGCGUGUUUCGUUGCACCGUAAACCUUCAAAAACGUUAUGGUUCCGAUCGAGUAUUCAAUACACCUAUAUCCGAACAUGGUAUCGUUGGUUUUGGCAUAGGUUUAGCGAAUGUCGGUGCAACCGCUAUUGCAGAAAUUCAAUUUGCUGAUUAUAUAUAUCCUGCAUUUGAUCAGAUAGUAAAUGAAGCAGCAAAAUGCAGAUACAGAAGCGGAGGAGUAUUCGAUUGCGGAAAAUUAACGAUUCGUACACCUUACGGUGCGGUAGGACACGGAGGACUUUAUCAUUCUCAAAGUCCAGAAGCUUAUUUUGCUCACACUCCUGGAUUAAAGAUCGUAGUACCUCGAGGACCAGUACAAGCGAAAGGACUUUUAUUGAGUUCCAUCGAAGAACCAGAUCCUUGUAUAGUUUUCGAACCAAAGGUUCUUUAUCGUACGGCUGUUGACGAGGUACCGGUUGGACAUUAUAAAAUUGAAAUUGGUAAAGGAGAAAUAGUAAAAGAAGGAAAAGAUGUGACUCUCAUAGGAUGGGGUACACAGGUGCAUAUCUUAUUAGAAACAGCCGAUAUCGUCGAGGACAAGCUCGGUGCAUCUUGCGAGGUGAUAGACCUUCUUUCCAUUAUACCUUGGGAUGCAGAACUAGUUUGCAAGUCCGUAAAGAAAACCGGACGUGUCGUCGUUGCGCACGAAGCACCAAGGACCAAUGGUUUUGGAGCAGAAAUUGCGGCUCGUAUUCAGGAGGAAUGCUUCUUAAAUUUGGAGGCACCGGUGAUGAGGGUCACUGGUUGGGAUACACCAUUUCCACACGUUUUCGAGAAAUUAUAUGUACCGGACAAAUGGCGUUGCUUCGCCGCAGUUAAAAAGAGCCUUGACUACUGAAGGAUCCGUUCCUUCUAUAAAUGUGGAUGGAAGGCUGGAAUAAAUGAGGGAGAAAGGGACUUUAGACUCUGGGCACCACCCAUCGAAGAGAUACAUAUGUCUUUCAAACUCGAAAUGAAUUCCAUGACAUCGAUUUUUCGUAUUUGCGGCAUAUGUACCUACUUACACUGCCACAGCAUCGAGUUGUCACGUGCUCGAAGACCGGUCCUGCGACAAUUUGAUCGUAUCAUACUAGUUCUCUCUCUCUCUUUCUCUCUAUUUCUAUUUCUAUCUUUAUCUUUAUCUCUUUUCCUAUCUUAGUUUGCACCCUUUCUGAUCGUAUCAAAGAACGCGAUCUCUUUCUCCUUCGACGUGGAUAACAAUCGCUUAGAUUUCAAACGGAUCCUUCGACGAAUCCAUUUUUUCUUUUUCUUUCUUUUUUUUCUUCAAUCGUAACAACGUCGUCGUCGUCGAUAUUAAUACAGCCGACAAUCGAGAAUAUUUAUUUAAUAACGAGCGAAUUAAAUUUAAAGAUUUGAAUGUAACGCUCGAAAAGAAUUCCGAUAGAUCGAUAUAGUAUAGCCCGAGGAUACGAAUAGUUAGCUGGUAGCUAUUUGGAUAGACGCGGAUUGUACGUUUAGAAAAAUAGACGAAGAAAGUGACGUUUUUACUCGGUACUUAUAGUUCGGCAAGUAUAACCGUUAUUGGUAGGUUAGCUCCUAGUUGUUAAAGCGUUAUAUAUCCCUGGCCCAGUUUUGUCCCGACCAAACCCACAUAAAUCCUUUCGCGUCUAAUUUAAUGAGACGAAGAAAGACGAUACGCCCGGCGUCGGUGGCGACGGUGAUGUUAACGAGAGAUCAAGAACGAAGGUAAAGAGGGGGAAAGAGAAGGAAAAGGGAGAAGGGGGGGAGCACCCCGACGAACCGAUAUUCAUAAUUAAAAGGUGUAUAUCCAUAUGGUAUAUGGGAUAAAUCGGGUCAAGUCCGUCUUUCGUCCGCGGUAAAACGAAGCGUCCUGAUCUCAGCGACCGUCGUAACACAAUAUUUUAAUCAAGGCUUCGUUUCCUCAGCCACCGUCGCCGUCGCCGCCGCAUUCGAAAACCGAUCGAUCGAUGGAUCGAUGGAUCGAUCGUUAUCUACCCCCAAAACUAUUGUUAUCUCUUUUUUCGAUUUUUCCCAAAUAUCAUUCUUAAUAUCGCACCACGUUCAAACGUGAUUAAAUCGAAACGGUUUAGUCCGCCAUGUUGGAGAACGAAAUCCAAUAUCUUCCUCGAAUUUUCUCAAACGGAUUUGCACUUUGUUUAUUAAUCGUUACGGAAGAAAGAGGAUAAUAGGAUCGAGAAUAUUCGAAAUUGUGAAGGAAGUCCGUAACGCGGCUUGUUCGUAACGUAUUUUGUAAUUUGAAAGGGAAACCACAUUCUUUCACCGCGUAUUAUGAUACGUGAAAGUUAGCAACGCAGCGCCUACGGUGUGAUGCAGUAGGUACAUUGAAGAGAGACGGAGAAUGGCUACAGAAAGAGAGAGAGAAAGAAAGAGAGAGAGGUGAUCGUUGCUGUGAGACAUGGACUAUAUCGAAGGUCGACCUGUUGCCUUUUUAUUUCGUUGAUUUUUGCAGGAAUAGAGCAACUGUCCUCUCUCUCUUUCUCUCUCUCUCUCUCUCUCUCUCUUUCUCUCUUUCUUUCUCUCUUUCUUUCUCUUUUAUUUCUUUUAUAAAUCAGUUAACAUAUGCUACAGAUACAAACAUAGACGUUUAUAUUCGUCCAGUUUUGGUUAGCACGAAAUUGCUCAGUCACCUGAACGGAUCACCCUUGAGAAGCUUCGUUCCCGUACCGUGUUUCCUCGUUUCAUUCGAAAGAUUUGACUUUGCGUGUAUACGAUUCGAAAGGGAUUCACCGAUCCGGAACGAUCGCGCAACCGAUUUCAACGAAUCUCUUUGAUGGAUCUCUUCCAAACAAAGAGAAAGAGAAAGAGAAAGAGAGAGAGAAAGGUAAAGAAAGAGAAAAAAUUGUAUGAACAAACCUGAUAUCUUUUAGAUAAAGAAAACGGAAAGGGAUAAAGAAAUUAAAGAAAAAAAUAAACAAAAAACAUAGAGAACAAAGAAAAAAGGAAAAACGCGUAUUAAUUCAUGAAAUAUUUUUGAAGAUUUCAAUUCGAAUCGUUCGAUCUUUAAUACAUUCUCGAUCGAACUUUGAGUUUAAUUUCCACGUGUCAAUGUCACGCAAAUGUUACCUACUUUAAAAAGAAUCAGUUGCUCGAGUGCAUGAACACGACGACGUAUAUUAAUUGAUUUAUAAUACGUAUACGCCUACAGUCAUCCGGAGUUAAUUUUUUUCGAUUCUUUUAUUUUUCAUUCAUAUCGACAGAUGUUACGUACGAACAUGUGCGUUAAAGGAACUUUCUCAAAAUUUUUUUUUCUACUAUUAUUUAACUCUCAUCUACACAAACGAUCAAUAAAAAACGGAUCAUCAAUGAAUAUUUACGAGCUGCGUAAAACCAACUGAGAAACGGAUUGUGAAACUAUAGACUUUUUUCUUUUAUAUUCGUUGCGUAAAUUUUUACUUUUUAUUAUAACGUUAUCUUUAAGCUGCGUCCUAUCUCCGUUACAACGUAUCUUUACCGAAAAGAAAAAGAAAGAAAAGAAAAGAAAAAAAAGAAAAGAAGAAAAACAAAAGAAAAAACAGAAACGAUCAUAUUAUUUUAUUAAUACGAAUAAAAGUAUUUUUCUUAUCGUCGUUAUUUAUUUCUUUUUCUUUUUUCUUUCUUAAAUAUCUGUCCGUAUUAUUUUCACCGAUGUCCUCAUAGCGUUUUUUCUCUCUCAUUCUUUUCUCUCUCUCUCUCUCUCUCUCUCUCUUUCUUCUUUUUUUCUUUUCUUUUCCUUUUUUUUUGUUUUUAUUUUCAUUCUUCUUUUCUCGAGUUGGUCGACAACGUAAUAGCUCUUGGAUAUUACGAAGCAAGGAUUAGAAAGAGAAAGAGAAAAAGAGAGAAAGAGAGAGAGAGAGAGAGCCGAUCACGAACAGUGGACUCUCCAGAGGAAUUUAUGUAACUUUGGAACAAACGACUUCUUUGUCUCCUUCUUAAAUCGUUGUCCAUGAUUAUCGCGAUUAGCAAUUGGCAAUUAAGAGCCUAGGUAUUUUCCGGUAAACGUCGUUGACUGGUUACUAUCGUUAGAACAAGACACGGGGAUUUCCUUCUUAGACGAAGAGAUAGUAUUCUAGCAAGAAGUUCAAGAAUACAUGUAGAGAGAAAUAUAUAUAUAUGUGUAUGUAUGUACAAAUACAUGAACGUAGCAUACGUGUACAUGUGUGCAAAGAGAGAAAAGAGCUGGACUCGUCUAGGGUCCUAAAAGAAAAACAUUUUGUGGUAUCUUGAUUAGCUCGAGUUUUACUUCGAGAAAGUCACAGUAUCUUAAGAGUUGCGAAAACUAUUUAAAAAUCGAAAAUAAUACAACAAGUUCUCAAUGUACGUUCUAAUAGUAAAAAAUAAAUAAUCAAAGAAAAAGAGAAAAGGAGAGAAAGAGAAAGAAUAUUAAACAAUGAUACGUAUGUCAAAUAAAUGAAAUUAUAAGGUUCACUUACAAAUAGAUUAUCAAGGGAUAGAUAGAUAAAUCGAUUAUAUACAAUUGUUUAUUUACAAAAAAAAAAUUAUCAUCAGGGAAAUAAUCUUGAUAAUUUUGUAUCUCUCUCUCUUUCUCUCUCUCUCUCUUUCUUUUUCUCUUUUUUUUCUUUCUCAUGAAAUUGUGUCAUAAAUACGAAUUUAUCUAUCCAUCUUGCUCUAUUUCCCUUUCUACGAUUUUAUCCUCGUCACUUUCACAAAAUAGAUAUAACUUUUCUAUGCCGUUCUUCUUGCUUUUAAUACAGAGAGAAAUAGUAUAUAAUAAUGAUAAUAAUAAUCGUGCACGUCGACAAGCCUUACGAUAAAUCAAUCGGCAAUCGAUAAUGCAACACACCUGUACAUAUUCGUCGAUUAUGCUUCGUUUUACGUAGAUAUUCUCUAUCUUUUGCUCUUUUCUCUUCAUUUUUUUAAAUAUACAAAUGUGUAUGAUAGAAUCGAA